GGCUCCUGGCCGAAACGGUUGGUUUCACCGGCGUCGACGCGGAAGCCGGAAACGAACCGCAGCCUCGAGGCGGCGGCGACUCGGGGAAGGGCACCGGCGUGGUCAGUGUGACUACGUCGAGCUGGCGAAGGCGGAUCCGGAGGCUCGAGUUCGCCGGAGAGGAGAUCGGCGCGGGGGCGAUGGCCGGUCGGAGCCGGGGAAGACGAACGAGGCGGCGGCGAUACUCAGCGCAAGGCGUCGAUUCCUUCCGUAGGGAGUCUCAGGAAGACGCAGCGAAGCUUCAUCGCUUUGACUCCGGCUGGCCUCGUCGAUCUCCAACCCAGACGUCAAGUUACAGCCCAGUCUUCACCGACUCCCUUGAAGAAAAGUACAGUACUCCGUAAGUGCCAAAGUUCUAUCUGGCUAGUGCUUUUGUCAAAGAAAAUCUGCUGCCUUGGAAACCUGGCAUUUCACAGCCAACGGAAGCAAAGAGUGGAAAUGAAAUAGGACCGAUAGCCAGGGGAUGAGGGGAGGGCGACAACAGGAGUAGCAGAAGUAGAUCAACCAAGUAGAAGCGGCAGGAAACAAGAAGAAAUACACAAGGAAAAUAGAUCCGGGCGUCCAUCCGAAUUUGGUCACUCCGAGCAACAAGAUCACCGUUUAAGAAGCAUCAUCAGGGCCAACUUCUUGUAAUCAAUGGCUGAUAUGGUCGGUUCUGCAAUUGUUGGGGAGGCAGUCGGACGAAUCUUUUCUCGUAUUACCAACAGCAAAGGCCAGGACAAAACGGAUGAAGCCACAGGAGUUGGCUUAGAGAGGCUGGAGAUGGCGCGCAUCAAGAUGGAGGCUGCGCUCGAGACAUCCAACAGGUGGCAAAUAACUGACACGUCGCUGCUCCAUUGGCGAAAGAAGCUGAAGCGUGCUGCUCAGGACUGUGAGGACGCAACGCGCAGAUGCAGGCAACAUUCUCAGGAAGAAGACGAGAGAAAGCAGAUGGCAAUGCAAUCCUCGUUUCCUAGACGCAUUGCACAUACGACCAAGGCGAUCAUCUCCUCUUUCCUCAGCCGCAACAAUGAUCAUUGCUCAUACAACAUCUCUGAUGUCCGAAGAUUUGAGAGGUUCGCGGACGGUGCUACCGAGUUUAUGAGAUUUGUGCAGCUCGGUGGAACGCCACGACAUCCCCUGUUCUUCGACCCUCUCGUCGGGCAUAUCUUUGCAGGAAAAUUCAUACGGUAUAUGGUGUUGCAUCCAAGAGGCGGAUAUCAUUGCUUUGCCAUACAACCGGUGGUUUCCGAGGAGCGUGGGCUGGAGGUCACGCUAUAUUUCUUAUAUGAAGAUUGCAAAGUGUUCGAGAAUAGUUUUACCCUUGGGUUAAUGAUGCGUAUCUCGGAGAGCACAGACAUAAUUGGAACUACAGUAAAGUGUUUAGGAUUGGUGACGCCUCACUUCAAGUCCACAGCUGACAUUGUCAUUAAGGAGAUCACACAGCUCCCUACACAAGAUUUCUUCUGUUCGCCGCCUGAGGUUACGAGUGCCGAUGCCAAAAAUCACUGGACCGAGAUGCACACAACUUUCAGUACAUGGUUCCGCCCAGAUCCAUUAUGUUGCCAAGGAUACGAGCAUGACAGUGUGUCUUCCUGUGGCGGCGGGGAAAGCAGCAGCGGAAACAAAUUGAGGCUUUCGAGUAUAUUUCCAGAACCAGUAUGUCAAGUGUCUUUACAACGCUCCAUCUCACAAUCUGAGUACAGUAACCAGCUGCAAGGGUCAACCACUAGAUAUGACUCGUCUUAUUUGGAGAAUUACCCGCCUUUGCAGUUGGGAAUUACGUUCAUGCCUCAUGAUUCUCUGAAGGAACCAAAGUCAGGCGAGGGCUCCACGAUAGAGGCGAUAGAUGGAGAGAAACAACACCUCACCCAUGCUGUUCACCCGGAUCAGCUCGACGGAAUGCUGAUACCCAAGGCUAUAGAUUAUCUCUAUCAUAGCGCUGAGGCUACGACAUACGAGAUAUGUUGGAGGUCUAACCAUGGCAGUGCACUCCUAUUUGUGUACAAGACGAGCACGCUGUCAAAGUUUGGAGCACGCACGGCCUCCACAAGACAAGGUAGGAGAAAGAGUAUCAAGAUGCUUCGUGAGAUACUGCGGGGGCAGAUGAAAAAUGUGCAGUGGAAGGAGGUAGCCAAAUAUUACUUAAAACUUUGGGUCGUUCGUUCCUCGGUGAGACUGCAGAGCAUGUUUACGGAAUGGCUCAAACGGUGAGGAGAUUACUAGUGUUCUAUGCCUUAAUUUCACGAGAAUUUGGUUGUCUUCUUAAAGAAUAUGUUUGAAUUGUUGUGCUGUACUUGUACCUGUUGCAUGUAUCAUGCAUGGUAGUAUUGCCCAGAUUAGCAAACAAUUAACCAAUAUAUAUUCUGUCUUCGAUAGUUGGACGAGCCCUGUCUUGUUUUCCUCUGUACAGCUGGGAAUAUCUACGUCCUUCUAGUUCUCUUUACUUGGUUGAACUCUGUUUUUUUCUGCCGUACCUUUCUAUGUAAAGUACCAACAAAUUGCAAUAGAAUGUUUCUUUGGUUCUGAACA